AUGAGGUCACGUAGCGUCCCUGUCAGCCUGUGGACGAGGCUGUCGUGGCCCAACCACGCGCUCAUCCCGCGCAGCACGCUAGCCCUCGCCAUAGUCUCGCUCUCCCUCACCUGCAUCGCCCUCAGCGCCUCUCUCCUCGCCUCCUCUUUCAUCCGCUCCUCUCCCCCCCCUGCCUCGCCCAGCAGCACUCCUCAUCAUGAUGCGGCCUCGUCUGGCAACACUCUCCGUGGCCCCGUGCCGCGCGCUCGUCACAGCACAGUUGCAGAUUCAGGUAUGAGCGGAGAUAAGCCAGGUACGACGGAGAUUCUUGGAGGCAUGGACGGAUCAGGGGUAGAGAUUAUAUCUGGAGACGCGACGACCCUGGCAGGUGGAGAAGAGGAGAAUAAUCCCCCUGAGAAAUCAAAGAAAAUGGUCCCUGGAAAAGUGGAGACGAGUGGUUUCAGGUGGUACGAGUGGGUGCUGGGGGCUUUUGCAAGCCCUCUGGGAGCUUUCAGCGACCUGAGGGUUCCGUAUCAUGCAGAGCAGAGAGUCCUGCCGUCUGGUCAAGGCUCCUCGGGUUCGAGACGAGAAGGGCGGGUGGUGGUCUCUGCUACCAAUGGCUUGGAGGCGGUGAUUCGUGGUGAUGAUGAUAGUGAUGAUGGUGGUGGUGAAAGGGACGGAAGGGGGGAGGUUGUUGCAGGAUCGCAGGAGGAGAAGGAGAAGAUGGCUGAUGAGGAGGAGAUAAGGGAGGAAAAGGAGACGGGAGAAGGGGAGGAGGAGCAAGGGGAGACGCAGCUUCGGCACGUCAUGUUCAACAUAGCCUCGUCCCGAGCCACCUUUCCGUACCGCCGAGCCUACCUGCGCAGCUGGUGGCGCCCGGGUGGGGAGGAGGAGGAGAUCCGCGGCUACGUGUGGGUGGAUGACGUGGCAGCGGUCCCGCAUGACGUGGCGGUGGACCCACCGGUGAGGGCCAGCACCAACACGAGUCACCUGAGCUACAGGGGCACGGGGCUGAGGGAGUAUCUGCGGCUGUCGAGGAUCGUGGUGGACGCGUACAGGCUGGGGGAGAAAGAUGUGCGCUGGUACGUGAUGGGCGACGAUGACACAUUUUUCAGCCCCCGCGCCAUCACAGCCUUCCUAGGACAGUACGACCACAAGACACCGCUCUACCUGGGAGCGCCCUCCGAGACGCACUACCAGAAUGUCGCCAACACGCACGGCAUGGCGUUCGGUGGCGGGGGAUUCGCCAUCUCGGCAGCGCUGGCGCGCAUGCUGAGUGAUGGCGGCGCCAUGGACGCGUGUUUGGAGCGACACGCCACAGUGUGGGGGAGCGACGAGCGGGUCGCUAGCUGUGUUGGCGAGGUGUCCCUCACUUCAACCCCGGGCUUCCACCAGAUAGAUCUGGGCGGCAGUCUCUUCGGGCUCCUCAUGGCGCACCCGCUACAGCCGCUGCUCUCCCUCCACCACCUUGACUUCGUUGACCCGCUGCUGCUGCCAGCUGGCAUCGCUGACCGGGCGGACGGGCUCGCCACGCUGGCGGAGAGGAUCCGGCCGGACCCGGUUGGGUUUGCACAGCUGGCAGUGUGCGGGGACGGCGCCCAGUGGACAGCAGCCAUCUCGUGGGGCUUUGCCAUCAAGAUCUACCCUGGGGUACGUUCAGUUCACUACCGCCUAGGCGACGUUCUACUCUCACUAGAAUGCAUUUUGAUGAGUGAACUGAGGCUAGUGAGGGUGGAGCGAACGUUCUACUCUCACUCUCCCAUCCCUUCUCCUCACUACCAGAGGCUAGUGAGGGUGGAGCGAACGUUCUACUCUCACUCUCCCAUCCCUUCUCCUCACUACCAGAGGCUAGUGAGGGUGGAGCGAACGUUCUACUCUCACUCUCCCAUCCCUUCUCCUCACUACCAAAGGCUAGUGAGGGUGGAGCGAACGUUCUACUCUCACUCUCCCAUCCCUUCUCCUCACUACCAGAGGCUAGUGAGGGUGGAGCGAACGUUCUACUCUCACUCUCCCAUCCCUUCUCCUCACUACCAGAGGCUACCGCGGUUGCUAUCAGAGCUGGUGAGGGCUGAGCGAAUGUUCUACUCCUUGGUGGAGAGUGCGACCCCACGGCAUUCUCCCUUUAUCACCACUACUCUCCUUCUAAGCUCCCUGCCCCCUACAACCCCUCCCCCGAUCCCCAUGAUUCUUCCCACACCAGGCGCGGCUGCUGUCAGAGCUGGUGAGGGCGGAGCGCACGUUCUACUCCUUUGUGGGGAGCGCUGA